CAGGAAGUAAAGCGACUACCACAAAACCGGGCGUGGUGGCAGAAGCGCGUCGCCUUCCAUUCGGCUGCAUCCGAUAAACACGCAACGUAUGUGGUGGCUCAGCAACAUUAGCUACACGACAACCGCAACGACGAAAGAGUGGGAAAAUGUCUGCAACGACCACAGCAGCAAAGUACGUGAAAGAAAAGGACCGCUGUCGUCGACGGCUGGAACAUCUUUGGCUGCAGCCUUAUGUUGUGUUGCGCAGAGCAGACAUCAGUGAAGCUAUUCGUCCUAAGCAGGAGGAGCCGGACCGCACACGCAUUAAAGACGAAGAUGUGGGCAAGGAGGUCCACCACUUCAAUGAACAAAUGGAGCAGAAGUUUCUUUGCACUAUAAAAGAGGAGGAGCGGCCUUGUCAGAAAGAGGACGGAGAGGACUCUUGCGACAUCAAAAAGGAGGAGGAAGAUACCUGCGAGAUGCCAUUGACUGGUGUACUUGUGAAGCGUUUAGAUGAGGCUCAACGUGAGGUGAGCAAAGGGGCGGAGCCUCCAAACUGCAGCUCAAGUCCAGAUAUGACCAGAGAAGGUGAUGGAGACCACUGUGGGGGAUCACAAGCAGCUUCACCAUCAGAUAGUGAUGAUGUGUUUUCACAUGUUCCUGCUGCUGCUGAUGAUGACUCUCAAAACAAACACAGGCAAUGUUCUCACUGUGGAAUUUGUUUUGCUCAUAGCAGUAGUUUGAAACAACACACGAGAAUGCACACAAGAAAGAAAAACUUUUCCUGUUCAGAUUGUGGCCAAAAGUUCUCUCAGAGGAGACAUUUAAAUACGCACACAUUAACCCACACUGGCGUGAAACCUUUUUCAUGCUCAGAUUGUGGCCAAAAAUUCUCUCACAGGGGAAGUUUAAAUAUGCACACAAGAAUCCACACUGGUGAGAAACCUUUUUCAUGUUCAGUUUGUGGCCAAAAAUUCCACACGGGGUGGCAUUUGAAUACGCACACAAGAACCCACACUGGCGAGAAACCUUUUUCAUGCUCAGUUUGUGGCCAGAAAUUCUCUCUGAGUGGAUCUUUAAAAAUUCAUACAAGAAUCCACACUGGUGAGAAACCUUUUUCAUGCUCAGUUUGUGGCCAAAAGUUCUCUCAGAGGGGAACUUUAAAUAGGCACACAAGAAUCCACACUGGCGAGAAACCUUUUUCAUGCUCAGUUUGUGGCCGGAAAUUCUCUCAUAGGGUACGUUUAAAUACGCACACAAGAAUCCACACUGGUGAGAAACCUUUUUCAUGCUCGGUUUGUGGGCAAAAGUUCUCUCGGAGGGGACAUUUAAACACGCACACAUUAACCCACACUGGCGAGAAACCUUUUUCAUGCUCAGUUUGUGGCCAAAAGUUCUCCUGUUGGCAAAGUUUAAAUAUACACACAAGAAUCCACACUGGCGAGAAACCUUUUUCAUGCUCAGUUUGUGGCCAAAAAUUCUCUCAGAGGGGAACUUUAAAUAUGCACACAAGAAUCCACACUGGUGAGAAACCUUUUUCAUGCUCAGUUUGUGGCCAAAAGUUCUCUCAGAGGGGAAAUUUAAAAAAGCACACAAGAAUCCACACUGGCGAGAAACCUUUUUCAUGCUCAGUUUGUGGCCAGAAAUUCUCUCGGAGGGCAAGUUUAAAUAUGCACGCAAGAAUCCACACUGGUGAGAAACCUUUUUCAUGCUCAGUUUGCGGCCAAAAAUUCUCUCGGAGGGGAGAUUUAAACACGCACACAAGAAUCCACACUGCCGAGAAACCUUUUUCGUGAUCAGUUUGUGGCCGAAAAUUCAGUCAUAAGCAUCACUUAAACAGGCAUACAAGAAUCCACAUUGGCGAGAAACCCUUUUAAAGCUCAGUUCGGCCAAACAGUCUCUCAGGGUAAACUUAAUCAGGCACGCAGGAGCCAAAGAGUCUCUGUUAAGAAUUCCGAGUGUUUUGGAGAGAUGAGCAAUGAUCCAUGAAGUUCUCACCUUCUAUCUGAGCAGACUUUAUGAGUUUAUGCAUCAGUGAUCGUUCUAUUCUAGUAUGCACCUUUUGAUUGAGAUGCUGAACUCCUUUAAGUUCAAUUCAUUUUAGUUUUACCUAUGAAUUUGAAAAUAAAGUGAACCGGCCUCGGGAUGAUACUAGUUUUGUAUUUUUCAUGAUACCUGGAGUUUAUUUUGUUUUUAGUUGUGUGUUCAUAUUUAGGGCAAGUUGCUUGGUGUCGGUUCAGGAUUUAGUUUUGUUCAGCUUUUCAUGUUCAUGCCUGGAAAGCGGACUUUAAACCGAUGAUGUGGAUAAGAAAAAUGAAAUAGUGUUGGAUAUCCCCCAUUUUUCUUCAACUGUCUUUUUUGUUACUUUACCUUACUAAUAACAUGUUAAAAUGUACUUGAGAUGUAUUAAGACAUUUCAUUAAAGAGUUGUUUACUUCACAGUA